CGGUGCCAGGUGUGUUUUUAAUAUUGUUUUUUAAUUUGUCUUCAGGUGUUCAGAACCGGAAAUACUCCAUCGUCACAUAGACGCUGGGUGUACUCUUUUUUUUCCCCCAACGAUCAUUUACCAAAUGUUGACCGCAGACCACGCUCAUUGUCCAGCGUUUCCUGUGCAGGAACUCGCCGGGCAAGUUAUUUGCGGGCUGGUAUCGAUCAGCCGAAGCCGCUGCCGCGCGGACGCCGCGUCUUUGGGGACGACCCUGAGCGCUCGCCUUCUGCUCGCUUCUUCCCACCGCCGCUCACAGCGAUGAGGUCCGUCGCCGCGCUCCUCGUCUUCUCCUGCGGGCUCGGGUUUAUUGCGUGUAAGCCGCCGUCGUCCUGCGCGAGAGGACAGUUCCUGCUGAAGAGCCAGUGCGUCCUCUGUCAUCCCACCUGCGCGGAGUGCGUCGGACACGAGCUGUUUGAAUGCGCAACCUGUGGAGUUGAUGAAGAUGGGCAGGAGCGGUUCCUUCACCAAGGUCGCUGCCGGACACACUGCCCUCGAGGACUCUACCCCGACAGGAGCCGCUACACCUGCCUGCCCUGCAUCGCCAAUUGUGAACUCUGCACAGACGGCAACAUAUGCGCCAAAUGUCGGGAGAAGCACAAGCUGCAGAACGGGGUGUGCCAAGCGGCGUCGUGCCACACAGGGCAGGUACAGGACCCUGAUACAGGCGAGUGCAUCGACUGUGAAAAGGGCUGCCGGACGUGUUCCACAGAAGACCCUGAGAUCUGCAACAGCUGCGUUGAAGGUUACUUCCUGUUCAGACAUCAGUGUCGCAGGCACUGCCCACAGAGCACCUUUGAGGAUCCGGACAGGGGUGUGUGUCUGUCCUGCCCGACGCCAUGCACUGACUGCAGGAGUAACACACAGUGCCUCGCCUGCCAGUCUGGAUACUUUCUCAACGGAGGCGAGUGUGUUAAACAGUGUCCACAGCAAACCUUCAGUGACUCCAGCGGGUGGCGCUGUCUGCCGUGCCACAGCUCCUGUCAGACCUGUCAGGGACCUCGCUCCACGGACUGCGGCCUCUGUCCUGGUGGGAACCGCCCUCUGCACGGACAGUGCCCCCAGGUCAACUGCCCCCUGGGGCAGUACUUUGACGGGAAGUACGGCGAGUGUCUUGCGUGUGCAGCAUCCUGUAAGACGUGCUUCGGCCCGCAAACUCUGGAUUGUUCCACGUGCUUUAACGGUUUGUUCCUGGACCAGGACAGUUCAUGCGUGGAGCAGUGUCCUUCUGGCUCCUACGCAAACGCGGCCACUCAGCUGUGUGAGGACUGUUCUCUGAACUGUGAGACCUGCGUAGACACCAGCGAUAACUGCAUCAGCUGUUCUAAAGGCACUUACAGACUGUUCCUGCACCAAGGGCAGUGCUGGUCCAAUUGCCCAGAGGGUUACUUUGAGACAGCGGAGGACACGUGUGAAGCCUGCGACAGCUCCUGCCUGACAUGUGAUGACAUCAGGUCCCAGUGUCUGUCCUGUGCCGACGGCUACUACUUGGAGAGCGGCGCAUGUCGACUCAACUGUUCAUUACGCACGUACGCGGCGGACGACGGCACCUGCAGACGCUGCCCGAGCCACUGCGACGUCUGCUCAGACGACCAGACCUGUUUCAAGUGCAGCUUCCUUUACUUGAUGCUGAAUGGUGCGUGCAAAGCAAGUUGCCCCAGGGGCUACUAUGAGGACAUGGAGGAGGGCCGCUGCGGUCAGUGCCACCCUACCUGUGCCAGCUGCUCAGGGCCCCUGGAAGACGACUGUGAUUCCUGCCCCUCGUUUAGCCCCAAACUCUAUAAGGGUGCUUGUUACAAGGACUGCCCCCCUGGCACCUACUAUGAACCUGCAGCUAAGGAGUGUCAAGAGUGCCACCAAACGUGUACGAGCUGCUCUGGCCCAGAGCCAGACCAGUGCAUUCUGUGCGAGAAGGGCCUGGUGCUGGAUCCCAACACGCUGCUGUGUGGCGUGAUGGGCGACACAGACUGCCCCACCGGGACCUACCUACACGACGACCGCUUCACCUGCAUGGGGUGCCACAGGCACUGCUACUCCUGUCAGGGUCCGGGCAACGAUGAAUGCCAGACAUGCGCUGUCCCCAAGUACCUUCAUAACAGCAGCUGUGUGAGCGAGUGCCCAGCUGGCACAUACGACACAAAGCAGCAAGCUGAUGGGAAGGAACUGGGAUUCUGUUUGCCUUGUGACCACAUAUGUUCCACCUGCACUGGCUCAUCCCCUAGAGAUUGCCUCACCUGCUCUCCAGGAUACCUGCUCCUCCUGGAUACUUGUGUCAACCAUUGUCCCACCGGGUAUUAUAAAGAUGGCUCCCAAUGUGAAAAAUGUGACCAGUCGUGUGAGCUGUGCACGGGACCAGGGCCUGAGUCCUGCAAGGUCUGUCCACCUCCUCUGCUGGAGCUGCAGGGCACCAGGCUGUGUGUCGACAGCUGCCCAAGUCACUUCUAUGAGCUUGCUGACGUCUGCAAACGCUGUCACACCAGCUGCAAGACCUGCAGAGACUCGUCACCUCAGAGUUGCUUGUCAUGCGACUGGGGAAGCAUCUUGAAGGACAACAUCUGUUACCCACAGUGUGAGGAGGGGCUUUACUUUGCAGAACAGGAGACCUGUGAGCCAUGCGACGCCUCGUGUAGGCACUGCGUGGGCCCCGGGCCCGACCGGUGUCUGGCCUGUCCCCCCGACUCUGGCCUCCACGCCAUGGAGAACCGCUGCGCCCGCUGCUGCGAGGCUGCAGCCGACGACACCGGUUGCUGCGUUUGUGACCGGACCUCAGCGCUCUGUGUCGAGGCCCCGCGUCCCAAGUCGGGAGACGCGCAGGAAACCAACCUGAACAUGUCGCCCCGGGCGCUGAAGCACACGUCGGCCGCGUUGCCCGUCGCCCUGCUGCUGGCGCUGGGUGUGGCCGUGGCGCUGUUCACCCUGGUCAAGGCUCACGCCAAGAAGAGGUUCUGCUGGAGCCAGAGCUACGAGAGGCUGAGCGGCAGCGCCGGCGGCGGCAUGCCCCACGGCGUGCCUGAGCCGGACAGCGGGGACGAGGUGGACGUGGUGUACACCAGCAAAGGGGGGUCGGUGUAUCGGCGCUACAGUUUCAUCCACGAGCAGGACGCUGACGCGGAGCGGGACGUGGACGAGAGCACCGGCCUCCAGCAGUUCUGAACCCACCCAGGCCAAAUGCAGCGACGUGCUGUGGAAGUACUAUAGUUAGAAUGUAGUAAUACUUUGUUUUAUUGUAUUUCUCUACUGUGUUUUCUAUAAAGUGCUUGUGUUUGUAUAUUGCAGACCUGAAUGAGGCAUCUGUGACUGAAAAAUAUAUAUUUUUCUGUAAAUGUCUGCAAUUUUUUUUUUCAUGACAUUGAAGUGAUGUUCGUGACUCAAAGGGAAUUCUUGAAUUAUAACUGAAAUUUGUAAAAUUUGUUGUAAAUAGGGACACACAAUUAAAUAAAAUAACCUCAUGCCUUAAA